CCAGCGCAACAUUUGGGGGCAGCACUUCGUGCGUGCAACCUGUUUCAUUCCAUAGGUGACAUACGAGUAAGUGAUUGAUGAAUGCCCUGCGUUGAUGGUUCGCCACCACGGCAUUUUGCGAAAUCGCAAGCAUGGGCAAAUGUUUGUUUAAUGACAAGUGGUUGGAGGACGAAAAGUAUCGGGGGUGGCUGAAGAAAACAGCCAGUAAUCAUGAAGCGAGGUGUGCUUUAUGUAAAAAGACGAUAAAGCUGGGGACAAUGGGCCACAUAGCGCUCGAUUCACACAUGAAAGCAGAGAAGCACAAGAAGUGUGUGUCGUCGCAAGCAAGUAGUUUGCCCAUAAGUAUGUUCUCAUCGAGCACUUCGACCUCUCAGCCUUCCACUUCAAGCAAUGCCUUCGGCAGCUUUGCGAAUGUAGCUACACUUAAGGCCGAAAUACUGUGGGUAUUUCAAACCGUAAGCCGCCACAACUCGUACACCUCAAAUGAGGACAUCCACCUAGUUUUUCAAGCAAUGUUCCCUGACUCAGAGUGUGCGAGUACGUUCACAUGUGGAAGGGAUAAAACCGCAUAUUUAGCACGAUUUGGUGUUGCCCCAUACAUAAAGAAGGAACUCAUUUCACGGGCAAACAAGGAUGCUUUCAUCAUAAUGUUCGAUGAGUCCAUGAACACAACAACGAAAACUAAACAGUUGGACUUGCACGUCAGAUGUUGGUCAACUGACGAGACCGGGACCCCGAUUGUCAGGUCUCGCUAUCUGGGUUCUCAGUUUUUGGGCCACUCAACGGCAGAAGACUUGCUGGAACAUUUUAAGGAGGGCACCAAGGAACUUAAUUUACGGAACUUGCUUUCUGUAUCAAUGGAUGGACCUGCAGUCAAUUGGAAAUUCAUGGAUCUCCUACAAUUGGAACAUGGAGAACAGUUUGGGGGGAUUCAACUCCAAGUGGUAGGAAGCUGUGGUAUCCACACCCUACACAAUUCAUUUAAAGGUGGAUUUGAGGUGUGGCAUGUAGAAAAGGUGCUGAGAUCUCUCCACUGUCUCUUCAAUAAUGCCCCAGCAAGAAGAGAGGAUUUCACAUCUGCAACACUGUCGUCCACAUUCCCCUUAUCCUUCUGUGGCCAUCGCUGGCUCGAAAAUGUGCCUGCUGCAGAGAGGGCCAUUGAAAUUUGGCCCUCUAUUGAGAAGUUUGUUGACCAAGUGUCAACAAAGAAGGUGAAGAACCCAGGAAAUGCAUCAUUCGACACCCUCUCUGAGGCAAGAAAGGAUCCUCUUAUCUGUGCCAAACUCCACUUCUUUGUGUUCAUAGCAAGAGUCUUUCAACCAUUUCUGGAAAAAUAUCAAAAAGAUGCUCCCAUGAUGCCCUUCCUGUGGAAUGACUUGGAGGAUUUGAUAAGGAGCCUUCUCAAACGAUUCAUCAAGCGUGAUGCUUUGCCCUCGAGUCCAUAUAAGCUGGUGAGGCUCGAUGUCACAGACCAGAAGCUUUGGCUUGGCACAAAAGAUGUUGACAUUGGCAUGGGUGCAGCAGCUGUUAUCAAGGUGAUGUGAUUUCUCAACAGUUUGAGAAGGCCCUUUCCAAUGAAGCCAAAUCGCUGGAAUUUGCAAACUUCCAGCCCUCAGUGUCCAGGGUUGAUACAUUCCUGUCUCAGAAUCUCAGUUCCUACACUGAUCUGUGGAACUUCUGCAAGAAGUUACUACUCCUCUCACAUGGACAAGCUGAAGUGGAGCGGGGCUUCUCCAUCAACAAAGAAGUGGAGACGUGCAACAUGUCUGAG